AUGGCCGACGACCUGUCCUCUUCCUCGCUCUCCGACGCCGCCGCCGCCGCGACCUCCGCCACCAACGCAGAACAGCACCACCACCAUCACCACCAUAAUCACCAUCAUCAGCGGAAAGAGAACUUCGAGUCGGCGAUCCAGCAGAUCGUCGCCGAGGAGAACGAGCAAAAGUCAAAGCUGCCUCUUUAUCCCGGGCUUGAGGGGUGGACCCUUAUCGAGAAGAUGGGCGAUGGUGCAUUCUCAAACGUCUACAAAGCGCAAAAUAAAGAAACCGGCGAAGUGGCCGCUAUCAAAGUCGUCCGCAAGUACGACAUCACUAACGUCGAAAACAACCGCCACCGUCUCGGCGCAGAAGCAAAGAAGCAGCAAAAGACCGUCGAUCGCGCGAGCAUUCUCAAAGAAGUCUCCAUCCUACGACAGAUCGACCACCCAAAUAUCGUUCGUCUGAUUGAUUUCUCCGAAUCAGAUCAGUUCUACUACAUCGUCAUGGAGCUGCUUCCUGGUGGAGAACUAUUCCAUCAGAUUGUGCGCCUCACCUACUUCUCCGAGGACCUCUCUCGCCAUGUCAUUGUGCAAGUAGCCGAGGCCCUCCGCUACCUACACGAAGAGCAAGGCAUCGUCCACCGCGACAUCAAGCCCGAAAACAUCCUCUUCUAUCCCGCGCCCUUUAUCCCCUCCAAGGAAAUCAAACUCCGCCCAGGCGACGAGGAUAAGGUUGACGAAGGAGAGUUUGUUCCCGGCGUCGGCGGCGGCGGCAUCGGCCGCAUCAAAAUCGCCGACUUUGGUCUCUCGAAAGUCGUCUGGGAUUCAAAGACAAUGACUCCCUGCGGAACCGUCGGCUACACCGCGCCAGAAAUCGUCAAGGACGAGCGAUAUUCAAAGUCGGUCGACAUGUGGGCUUUGGGUUGUGUGCUCUACACUCUGCUCUGCGGCUUCCCUCCAUUCUACGACGAGAGCAUCCAGUCGUUGACGGAGAAGGUCGCGCGCGGGCAGUACACUUUCCUUAGCCCCUGGUGGGACCCCAUCAGCAAGGGUGCCAAGGACCUUGUCUCGCACUUGCUCACCGUCGAUCCCGAGCGCCGGUACACGAUCGAGCAGUUCCUGCAGCAUCCGUGGAUCACGCAGUCCGAUGUUCCGACCAUGCCGGCUAUCGACGCGCCGCCGAUGUCAUCCGAACCGAUGAUGAUUGACAUUAUUGGCACCCCGGCUGCGUCUAGAGGUGCUCGGUCACCGGCCACCAAUGCGCUAAAGGAGGCCUUUGAUAUCUCGUACGCCGUGCACCGAAUGGAGGAAGAGCGCGCGCGCAAGCAGGGCGGAGCACAAAACUUGGGCCUGCUGAACGAAGAGGAGGAGGAGGAUGAAGAAGAGUUCAACAACUCGACCUCUGCCGAACGAAUGCAGCAGGUAGAAGCCGGACUGAGAAACGUGCACAUGUCUACGAACAACAACAGCGCUGCUCGGACGACGGCUAAGCCAGCCACCACGCACAAGCGAAAGGGCUUCGAGCUCAACAUGAGCGGAGCCACUUUGCUCGAGCGGCGGAAAGAGCGUGCGCAGCACUUUAAGAACUCGCCGGUUAUGGUCUCAUAG